AUGGGGAAGACGGGGAAGUCACAGAAGAAAGUGACAUACCAUGAAUUGGAAGAAACACUCAAAAAGGAAUUUUCUGGCUUUGUGAAAGACUUUGAAACAGUUCCCACGAAAGAAGUUGCUGUGAAGGUGUAUGUGAAAAAGCUCGAGAAGGCUCUUAGUGAGUUUCAAAGCACUUUAUCGCUUCAAGUCAUCAUCGACAACACUGAAGAUCAAAUAGCGAUAGCUGAAACCCUUAUAGAUGUGUGGAGGAUAGUCAUCGAUGUGUUAGAUAAAGUCGACCAAAUGUUAUUGCCGACUUGUUUUUAUCGUGUCUUACUCUCGUUGAUCUCCAGAAGUGAAUUCCAACCUCAUCACUUACUCAUGAACAACCCACUCUUAAGCGAAACGACAAAACCAAUUAUCGCUAAAAUAGCAUUCGAAAUUAAAACACUGUUUUAUCGGACGUUUUAUGUCAUGAACAAAGUGAUGAUGGAGAAACAGUUGAUCAUCUUUGGUUCUAUGGAAAUCAAAUUAAAGCCGCCAAAGAAAGAAAGUAAAGUCAAGAAGGAGAAAGAAAAAGAAAAGAAAGACGACAAAAAAGAGGAGAAAAAGGAGAAAGAAAAGCGCGAGAGAAAAGACGUGAAAAUCACCGUCAAAACAGUCCAACAAAAGUCGCCAGUGAUUCAAACGUCUCCUCGCGAGAACGAACAAAUUGAUCCAUGUCCAUCCCCACGAUAUAUCGAAGAAGAAACAGAAGAAGAACAACACCAACGCGCUUUACUCACAUUAAGUGAACAAAAACGGAUGUCCGUGUUAUCCAAAGUACUUGUGAAGAUCAUUGAAGAGAAAAAGAUCGAGAAAGAGGACAUGACAAAGAAACAAAAGCGCCUUUCUGCAACACUCAAAAUCGGCAUUGGCGCAGAGGAACAAUUUUUCUGUGAGAACAACGUCUCACCAAUAUUUGUGCAAUUUUUCCCCGAGUAUUAUUCGUACACCUUUUUCCAAAUUCCAGAGUUCAGACUCGAAUUGUUGCAACUGGUGAGAGACGUUAACGGUGCAAAUUUUCAAUUGAAAACAGCAACAAACGAAUUCUCGAGGAACUUAAUAAAACAAACAUUCCCACGCCUCUUUUUGUUUGACGACAUGUUCAAUUAUGUGAAGGAAGAAGAUGGCGUCGAUAUAACAGAGGGAUACGCCAAUUUAAAGAAAACGUGGAUGGAGGUGUUUCUACCAAAGAGCGACGUCUUUAUGUCGUUCUUCUCGUUUUACAUCCAAAUUGUGUAUUUUACUGUGAAGGAGAAAAAGGACUUCCGCGAGUUUGGCGAGAUCUUUGGAUUGAGAGAAUUAGUCGACGCGUAUAUCAAACAGCGAUUGAAAAGUCCUGAAGACCAUUCGACGUUAUUACUGAAAGAAAACGACAAGAGGUGUGUAUUAAUGAAUUACCCAUUCAUCGCAAAUUUCAUGAUCCAAACGAUGUUUCAAUCAACGAAUAUAUACGACACAGAUCGAUGCGAUUUGAGCAUCACCAUUCUUGGGAAAUGGUUGGUCGUGUUAUACGAACAUGGCAAAUUUGUCACCGACGACUUUUGUGUUGAUGACAUCAUUAAAGCGAUUGAUGGGGUUGUUAGCACAGACCACUUCCAAUUGAUUAUCGACUUAAUGAUUGCAUUAUUUGACUCGUCGUACUUCUUUAUUGGCAACGCACGAAUCAAACUCUUUGUCGACACGUUUGUGGAUAAGUGGUUUUAUACACUCUUUUGCCACUGGAACUUCUACGUCAGACAAGCUUUUCAACACAUUGUGUUAUAUAAGUUCUUGUUCACAAGACGCUCGCAUUUGAAUUGGGCACGAUUCGACAAGUGGGAGAAUGACAUGAUCAAGAAACAGAGUCAAUUUUCGGUGUCAAUGGAAGAGGUUGAUCGGAAGGUUCUUAAAAGUGUUGAAGACAAAUUGGUGACUAUUAAGUUGUUUACUGACGGGGAUAUCAAUCCCCAAAUGGAGAAGUAUCGGAUUUAUUGUAAACCUGCAUAUGCGGAGUAUGAAAAAGCACUCAAGUUGUACAACGACUGGGACAAAUCGAAGGUCCAAGAACCGCCAAAGAUCAAAGCCAAUUUGACUGAAUUUGACUUGGAGAAUUUGGAGUGA